AGAGAGUUACUCAAAGUAUCCCUAAAGAUGAAUCCUCGUCACACUCGCCGCGUAAGACGCGUCAGGCAACGUCGUCGCGGGACCUCAUUUCGAGUACCCAUUCUACCGUCUCCUCGGAUGCCAUCGACCCGUCCUCCAAUGGGGUUGCCUUUGUAUCACCCCUCGCCACCUCUCUUCUCCUUCGGCUCACCACCGCUCAUGACCCCCGCACCGUCGAUGUUACCAUAUUAUCGACCAGCGCCGGUGGUUAGCUACUACGUGGCACUGCCUCCGCCUCCGCCUCCGUUCACGAGGCCUCCUACCACCUCGGUAGGCUAUGGUGUUAGUCUGCCGCCGAGUAAUGGUCACAUAAGCGGAAACAGUGGUACCGUUUCUGGUUUGGGUGGGCCAACCGAGGUACCCGUUGGCGUGAUGCCGAACGAAGCAGGUGAUGUCAUGAACGUUUUGCUUACUGACUAUAUGGAUCCGGACAAGAUUUUUUAUGUUUAUCGUGAGGAUGAUUUAAAGAUUAUCUUUCCAGAUUCGGAGAACGAGAAUACGAGACAAGAUACUUCGGGAGAUAGAAUCUUGGCUAACGAGGAAUCAUCAGAUGCACCUUCAAAUGCUAAGAAGGCGCGGCUCAGUGAAGAGUUGGAUGAACAAGUAAGCGAGCAACUGAUGAUUCAUGCAAAUGGAUUUCAGGAAGAGAUCGAACAAUUGAUAGGAGAAGACCCUCAGCUGGAGAUGGCAACAGGCGAGGUUUUCUUAGACGACGGCAGCUUAUUAAACGUGGAGCUGGACCCAAGCAUGUUGCAGAUGCUCAACGAGUUAGAUCAGCUGCUGCCAAUAGAUCUUGAUUCCGAUUAACAGAUCAUCUAAGGAAGUUGAGAGAUGGCCUUGGUAAAUCAUGUAGGUUCAAGGCCGGAUUGAAGUGAUUGUAUUUUAUGUGCAUUGAUUAAUCAAAUCUAUUAUAAAUUAUUUUCUAAAAAAAAAAACAGAAAAAUCAAUAUCAUGUAGUAUAUGGAUAAGAAAAAUGAUUUGUAAUGGUGAGGCUUUGAAG